AUGAUGGCAUCAAUAGGAGAAUUCGACCCCCUCAACACCAGAGUCCCUGCAACUAAGAUAGAAGUUACCGUGUCCUGCAGGAGUCUACUGGACGUGGAUACUUUCUCCAAAUCAGAUCCUGUGGUAGUGUUGUAUUUACAGGCUGUAGGAACCAAGGAAUGGAGGGAGUUUGGCAGAACGGAGGUAAUCGACAACACACGGAAUCCAGAUUUUGUCCGGAAAUUCGUCCUGGAUUUCUUCUUUGAAGAGAAGCAAAACCUAAGAUUUGAUGUGUACAAUGUGGACUCCAGAAGCUGCAACAUUUCCAAACAUAAGGACUUCCUGGGACAGACCUUCUGCACCCUAGGAGAAAUCAUCGGCUCCACAGGGGGACGGCUGGAGAAAACCCUCUCUGGGAUCCCGGGGAAGAAGUGUGGAGUCAUUAUCUUCACUGCAGAGGAGCUCAGUAACUGCAGGGAUAUCGCCACCAUGCAGCUGUGUGCCAACAAGCUGGACAAGAAGGACUUUUUUGGGAAAUCAGACCCCUUCUUGGUUUUCUAUCGGAGUAACGAGGAUGGAACGUUCACCAUCUGCCACAAGACAGAGGUGAUCAAGAACACGCUGAACCCGGUGUGGCAGCCUUUCACCAUCCCUGUUAGAGCGCUCUGCAACGGGGACUACGACAGGACUGUGAAGAUAGACGUGUACGACUGGGAUCGAGAUGGCAGUCAUGACUUCAUCGGCGAGUUCACCACCAGCUACAGAGAGCUGUCCCGGGGCCAGAACCAGUUCAACGUGUACGAGGUUUUAAAUCCAAAGAAGAAAGGCAAGAAGAAGAAAUAUGUAAAUUCAGGAACUGUAACUCUGCUGUCCUUCAAAGUGGAGUCCGAGUACACCUUUGUGGAUUUCAUCCGAGGAGGAACACAACUGAACUUCACUGUGGCGAUAGACUUCACUGCAUCCAACGGUAACCCCUCCCAGCCCACCUCCCUCCACUAUAUGAGCCCCUACCAGAUGAAUGCAUACGCCAUGGCUCUGAAAGCAGUGGGAGAGAUUAUCCAGGACUACGACAGUGACAAGCUCUUCCCCGCCUACGGUUUUGGAGCUAAGCUGCCCCCUGAUGGCAAAAUCUCCCACGCCUUCCCACUGGGUGGUGAUGACGAGAAUGCAAACUGUGUGGGCAUCGAGGGAGUUCUGGAGGCUUAUUUCCAGAGUCUGAGGACGGUGCAGCUGUACGGACCCACAAACUUUGCUCCUGUUAUCAACAAAGUGGCAAAGUGUGCAGCAGAGAUUACAGACGGCUCUCAGUACUUUGUCCUGCUGAUGAUCACAGAUGGAGUGAUAUCUGACAUGGUCCAGACCAAAGAGGCCGUGGUCAAUGCGGCAUCACUUCCUCUGUCCAUCAUCAUCGUAGGUGUUGGACCAGCUGAGUUUGAUGCGAUGGAGGAGCUGGAUGGAGACGAGGUGCGGGUGUCCUCCAGAGGACGUUUUGCAGAGAGGGACAUCGUUCAGUUUGUUCCUUUCAGAGACUACAUCGACAGAUCUGGAAACCAGGUCCUCAGCAUGGCCCGGCUGGCUAAGGACGUCCUCGCCGAGAUCCCCGACCAGCUGCUGUCUUUUAUGAAGAGUCGAGGAAUUGAACCGCGACCGGCUCUCUCCUCCUCGCCACUACCGGAACUGCACCGACAUAUCUGACCCCCGAC